ACGCCUCACGCUAUGCAGCGUGAGGAAGCAUCCAUGGACAAACGCGGAGGGCUGCGCGGGUGGUGGUGGUGAGGCUGCGCGCGAUAGUUCACCAGCUCGCGCCAUGGCAAAGCAAGCCUGCAGAUCACCAGGAACACACGAAGAAGCCACAUUCCUCGGCCGCACCGGCGCCCACUUCACCCACCAGCUUCCUGCCCUGCAAGACACGUCUCAUUUCACGCUGUUCCUCCUCCGCCAUCAACACCGCCUCCUCCGCUGCCACCAUGCCUCCCGCGCGACGCUCUGCGCGCACCGUUUCCAACCCCGUCACUGCAGCGAGAGACUCCACCGAGCCAUACAGUCGAACUAAUGCGCGCGUCGUCAGUUCAUCCGCAUCCAUAGCCCGACCAGCAGCCGGCAAAACAUCCCUCCGCCUCACAGUCAAGGCACCACCCAGUAAGCUCAGACAAGCAACCUCCGGCUCAGCGAUCCCGCCCAACCCGUACGCAGACAACCAGAGCGAGAGCGAUGCCACACCAGCUCCUCCACGACGCGCAGCAAGAGCUACCCGCAAUCCGCGAACCGUCGUCGAUCAUGAUAGUGACGAGAUGGACGAAGACCAGGACGCAGAGGGCGAGGACGAGGAAGAAGAUGCAGAGGGCAGCAACGACCAGGACGCUCUGGGAAACGAAGACAGUGAAGAAGACGCAGAGGGCGAGGACGACGAUGUAGACAUGGACGAUCAUCCGCCGCCCCCUGUCAUCACUCGACAUCCUGCGCCCAGCAAGGGCAAGUCACAGACAAUAGUAUCUGCCCCACCUGCAGGCACUCUGAAGUCUGUCGAAGCGAAGGAAAUGGAGGACGACGAUGACGAAGAGCUGUCAGAGCUAGAUUCGCAAGAAGACGAUGAGCUGGAGGGCAAUGACGAUGAGGACGAGGAAGAAGACGAGGAAGAUGAGAGCGACGAAGACGAUGAGAACUCGCGAAGUGCCACGCCGGACUUGUCGAAAUUAACAAAACGCCAACGUGGGCAAUUCGUCGAAUCGGAGGGAACGGAGACGAAUGAACUUAUGGCCCUGUCCAACGAAGCUCUCAAGAAGAAGCACCUCACAGCAGAAGAGCACGUCCAACGAAGAGCAGAAAUGGCUCGCCGGAGGAAGAAUUUGUCUGAGAAGAGAAAUGAAGAGGAGAAGAUGGACACCAUCAACAAACUCCUACACAAACAAGCUCCUAAGCGUCGUACUCGUGCCGAAAUGGAAGCUGCGCGCGCUGCUGAAGCUGGUGAGACUCCCGCUGCCGAGAGAGAUGCGAAUGCUCUGGAUCCGACAUAUGUGAGAUGGGUCAGCCGAAAAGAAGGCAGCUUGGUCUGCGUUCCUAAGGACUGGCAGGACAGUCCUGUCGGAGAGCAAUUCGGCUUCUCAUCGAAUAGUGGCGGCAGGAUAGUGGAGGAGGUGCAGUGAAAAAGCUGCACUCCGAGAACGAUUGACUCAUUGUUUGCAGCCAAGCAGGACCUUUCUUUGAGCGAAUGCUGAAUUACUAUAGAUACUUGCAUAGCGCAGAGGCAUCACUCUGGAUAUCACAUACAGUACGAAGAACGGAUGGCCCAAAUGGAUAUUGCAUAGCUCGCAUCGCG